AUGAGUGUGUUAAAAAACUAUAACCAUGCCAGCAUCGCGGGCGCCAUGUCCGAUGCUGUUGCUGUAAACGACAUUCCUGUUGAUUUCAAGUCGACUUUACCACCAAGGAAAAGAGCGAAGACUAAGGAGGAGAAAGAGCAGAGACGCAUCGAACGCAUACUGAGAAAUCGGCGUGCUGCGCAUCAAAGUCGUGAGAAGAAGAGGCUGCACUUGCAGCACUUGGAACGCAAAGCGACACUUCUGGAAGAAAUUUUGGCAUCACCCCAUGUGGCGAAGCUUGUGAAGAGCGACAAAUCUCUCAGUGGCAUCUACGACGAAUAUCAGAUUUUGGCUGCGUCACAACGCGAAGACGAACCUGUGGCCGGUCAUGAGAGCCCGGACAGCGCUGUUUUGAACAGUCAGAGGACACCGGAGUCCCUGCUGUUGUCGGCGUCGUCCUCAAAGCUCACACCAUGUUCAAAUUCGGCUGUAUCGUCGCCCUUGCACAUUGAAGACAAAGAUGGACAAAUUGAAGAAAGCCAACCGGCGCAGUUUCUUUUGGAACCGGUACCAGAGAACUUGUCCGCUGGUGAAGUUUCGUUUGACUCUCUGCUCAUGAACAAUGUUGAGAAUCCUCAGACUCCGAUCUUGGAGACUCUCGACUCUGCUGCGGCAAAUACCACCACAUGUACAGCAACCAAUUGGAACAUGCUGCUGACUGACAAUCACGACGAGCUCAUUGCAUACUCCCGCGAUGAGGAAGAAUUUCCCGUCUUAGACGUGACUGAUAACUCCUGGGGCCUUGACCCAUUGCGUAAUCCAGCCGUGAUUAAGCUACUUAUAUGA